AUGACAGUCCCGACAUUACUGAAGCCCCUACAGCCCCGCGUCAUCCUCUCUAAUCUCCGAGCGGCAGCCAUCUUGGCUCCAUGGCUCGUGCAUCUGCUGGGCAGUGACCUCGUACUAUCACUUUUGCUGCCCAUAUCUUUCUUUGCGCCUACCUUUGCAUAUCACCUCUCGUCCAAGAUCGCGUUCUGGGUAUGGAUCGGCAUCCAGUCUAUUUUCACCAAAUGGAACAAGGCGCGCAUCACCGUUUCGGGGGACAAGUUACCACAGCAUGAAUCGGCCAUCGUCGUCUGUAACCAUGUCUCGUGGACAGACUUCUAUCUCGUCCAGCAACUGGCUCUCAAGUCCAACAUGCUCGGCUACUGUCGCUACUUCGCAAAGCAGCAGCUGAAGUGGGUGCCAUUUCUGGGCUGGGGUCUGUGGGCCACGGGAAUGCCGCUCAUCUCCCGCAAUUGGGAGCGAGACCAGACAGAGCUACAGCGGGUAUUCCGGGGUCCCAAACAGUAUCGAUGGCCCAUAUGGCUUGUGAGCUACAGCGAGGCUACACGCUUCACUCCGCAGAAAUACCUGGAGACGGUGCAGUGGUGCAAGGAAAAAGGCAAACCGGUCCCGAGAUACACUCUGUUCCCGCGUACCAAAGGCUUUGUCGCGACGGUCAAGGAGCUUCGGCAGUCCAGCAGCAUUCAGGCCGUCUAUGACUUGACAAUCGCCUACGCCCACCAAGGCCAUUUCCUAGAAGCGCCGACGAUGUGGGACUCGCUGUCAAGGCCGAACCUCGAUCGGGACUUCCAGCUGCACGUUCAUGCCGACAGAUUCGACAUCAAAGACUUUGCCGACAAGUCGGACGAUGAGCUCGCGCAAUGGUUGGAGGAUAGAUGGAUGGCCAAGUCGAAGAAGCUCGAGGCUUUGCAAGAGGAGCUAGACACUUCGAAACAGUGGACUGACUCCGUGGACGAGCACGCCACCAAGAAGUCACUAUAG